AUGGGACCAGACUCACAGUACACACAGGCGCUGGAAGAAUCAAAGAAUAACGUCAUCACAGCAGAACCGGGCUUCUCCAGGUGGAACAAAGGCUUCUCCAGGAGGGACAGAGGCUUCUCCAGGUGGAACAGAGGCUUCUCCAGGUGGAACAGAGGCUUCUCCAGGAGGGACAGAGGCUACUCCAGUUGGAACAGAGGCUACUCCAGGUGGAACAGAGGCUUCUCCAGGAGGGACAGAGGCUACUCCAGGAGGGACAGAGGCUACUCCAGUUGGAACAGAGGCUACUCCAGGUGGAACAGAGGCUUCUCCAGGAGGGACAGAGGCUUCUCCGGGUGGAACAAAGGCUUCUCCAGGUGGAACAGAGGCUACUCCAGUUGGAACAGAGGCUUCUCCGGGUGGAACAGAGGCUUCUCCAGGAGGGACAGAGGCUACUCCAGGUGGAACAGAGGCUUCUCCAGGAGGGACAGAGGCUACUCCAGGUGGAACAGAGGCUUCUCCAGGAGGGACAGAGGCUACUCCAGGUGGAACAGAGGCUUCUCCAGGAGGGACAGAGGCUACUCCAGGUGGAACAGAGGCUUCUCCAGGUGGGACAGAGCUGAGGACCCGGAGCCGUCCUUCUACCUGCUGCAGGGGAACAGGUCUCAGGUCUGUUUGGCCUCAGGUUUUUCUCGUCACGACAAACUGAAGGAGUCUGAUGUGUUCAGUGGGAGAGCCUCCUUCAUGGACCCCACAGCUCAGGACCAGCACACCAAAGGCCUCUACAGCCAGGUGGCGCUGCUGAGCCCAGACCAGGAGGACCUCUGCCCAGGUACAGGACCUCCUCAUGUCCUCCUCAUGCCCUCCUCAUGUCCUCCUCAUGUCCUCAUGUCCUCCUCAUGUCCUCCUCAUGUCCUCCCUCCUCAUGUCCUCAUGUCCUCCUCAUGUCCUCCUCAUGUCCUCCUCAUGUCCUCAUGUCCUCCUCAUGUCCUCCUCAUGUCCUCCUCAUGUCCUCAUGUCCUCCUCAUGUCCUCCUCAUGUCCUCCUCAUGCCCUCCUUAUGUCCUCCUCAUGUCCUCCUCAUGUCCUCAUGUCCUCCUCAUGUCCUCCUCAUGUCCUCCUCAUGCCCUCCUCAUGUCCUCCUCAUGUCCUCAUGUCCUCCUCAUGUCCUCCUCAUGUCCUCAUGCCCUCAUGUCCUCCUCAUGUCCUCCUCAUGUCCUCAUGUCCUCCUCAUGUCCUCCUCAUGUCCUCAUGUCCUCCUCAUGUCCUCCUCAUGUCCUCAUGUCCUCCUCAUGUCCUCAUGUCCUCCUCAUGUCCUCAUGUCCUCCUCAUGUCCUCAUGUCCUCCUCAUGUCCUCCUCAUGCCCUCCUCAUGUUUUCCUCAUGUCCUCCUCAUGUCCUCCUCAUGUCCUCCUCAUGUCCUCCCCAUGUCCUCAUGUCCUCCUCAUGUCCUCCUCAUGUCCUCAUGUCCUCCUCAUGUCCUCCUCAUGUCCUCAUGUCCUCCUCAUGUCCUCCUCAUGUCCUCUUCAUGCCCUCCUCAUGUCCUCCUCACGUCCUCCUCAUGUCCUCAUGUCCUCCUCAUGUCCUCCUCAUGUCCUCCCCAUGUCCUCAUGUCCUCCUCAUGUCCUCCUCAUGUCCUCCUCAUGUCCUCCUCAUGUCCUCAUGUCCUCCUCAUGUCCUCCUCAUACCCGGCGCUGAGUAUGGUCUCGAUCUCGGUUCUCGGCCUCAGAAUCCUCUUCAUCAAAACUGUGGUUUUCAACGUCCUGUUCACACUGAGGCUGUGUGUGACAUAA